AUGGGCAUUGAAGUUUUUAUUUUUACCCCAUACAUCUGUAAUCUUGUACAGAGAAGUAUCAUUNAUGCUUCUCAACAAAUGUUGGAAAAUGGUGAUAUUAUCGUGGUGGGAGGGAGAAGAUCUCCCAACUAUGAAUUUAUCGUGCCAGAUCAGCUUAAAUUCCCGAACAAACAGUUUCCGCUUCGGCUGCUCGUGGAAACCACCGACGGCCAUCUGGAGAAUAAUUUGUAUCCAUUUGUAUACCUUCUCCCCGACGGCAACGUCUUCCUCUUCGCCAACGAUCGCUCCAUUAUUUUCAACCCUAGAACCGGACGGACCAUUCGGGAGCUCCCCAAGCUGCCAGGGGGAUCCCGGAACUACCCGGCGUCGGGGCAAUCGGCGCUCCUUCCUCUCAAGCUCACGCCGAAUACCAAAGCAAAUGAUUUUGUGAAGGCGGAGGUUUUGGUUUGCGGCGGCAAUACACACGAAGCCUUCAAGGUAACGGAGAGACCACCGAGACAAUUCCCGCCGGCGUUGAAGGAUUGCGGCAGAAUUGUUGCGAAUCAAGUAGGGGCACAGUGGGAAAUUGACGAGAUGCCGUCGAGGAGGGUUAUGGGAGAUAUGUUGAUUCUCCCCAACGGGGAUCUCCUCCUUCUUAAUGGCGCACAAACAGGGACCGCGGCGUGGGACGCGGCUGAGGAGCCGAAUUUCACGCCGGUGCUUUAUAGCCCUAAUAAACCGAAAGGGAGUAGGUUUACUCAGUUGAAGCUUACAAGAAUCGCCAGAAUGUACCAUUCUUCUUCUGGGGUUAUGCCCGAUGGUAAGAUCUUAGUAGCAGGAAGUAACACCCACGCUACCUACGAUUUCAGAGCCAAAUACCCAACCGACAUGCGCGUCCAGAAAUUCUCGCCGCCGUACUUAGCCCCCGCACUGCAAAAGUUCCGCCCGGAGAUUUUGGACAUUACCCCAAAGCAAUUGGUUUAUGGACAGAAUUUCAAGAUUAAUAUCAGGCUAGAUGUUCCCGCGGACAUAUCCGGUAUUAAGGUUACCAUGUAUCCGCCGCCUUUCACCACUCACGGAUUCUCUCAGGGCCAAAGGAUGCUCAUUUUGGGACUCACCUCUGUGGCCAACAAGACCAUCUCUGCCGUGGCGCCGCCCUCUGGCAAGCUCGCACCACCAGGCUACUACUUGAUCUUUGUUGUGCAUCGUGGCGUACCCAGCAAGGGAAUGUGGGUGCAUAUUAAAUAGAAUACAUGGAAUAGAAGAUGCCCGCACGGGUUGGGCUCAUAUUUUUAAGACUGAGUCAUUGUGUUAUCGUGAUUUACAUCCACUCACAUGUUCUAUUGAGUCGGGGUGUGAGAAGCAUAGAAUAGAAGAUGGGCAUUGAAGUUUUUAUUUUUACCCCAUACAUCUGUAAUCUUGUACAGAGUACCAUAUAAUAAUAUAUAGAGAAUCAACAUUUUCGAUAAGUA